AUGGCUUAUGCUUCACCAUCAUUGAUGAAACAAUAUAUAAAUAGUUCAAAGUUUAAACCAUAUUUCCCAGAUUGGAUAGUUGCAUUUGCAUUAGCGAUAUAUUUCUUUUUAAUAGCAGAACAUGCAAGACCUUUCAAUAGACAAUUUUCAAUAAAUGAUCUAACUAUAUCACACCCAUUUGCGUUAAAAGAAAGAGUAUCUGGUCCUGCUUGUAUAAUCAUUGCAUCAUUAGUACCACUGAUUGUUAUUAUUUCAGUAUUAGUUGUUAAAUAUAUUAGAGGUAAAUAUGAUUCUAAAUUAGAUGUUUUACAUUUUUUACAAAUUAGUAUAUUGGGAUUAACAAUAUCAAUAUUUUUGGAUGGUAUAGUAACAGAUAUAUUGAAAAAUUGGAUUGCAAGACCAAGACCUGAUUUUUUAGAAAGAUGUGGAGCUAAAGUAGAAGAAUUAACUACUGAAAUGUUAGAUAUUGAUGUUUGUACAGCACCUCAUGGAAAAGCAGUUUUAAUGGAUGGUAUGAGAUCAACACCUUCUGGUCAUUCAUCAAUAAGUUUUGUUGCUUUCUUAUAUUUGAGUUUAUGGUUACUUGGACAAUUUAAAUUAAUCCUGCAUGGACCUCAACAUAUUUACAAAUAUUUGUUUUGUUUUUCACCUUUAUUAUUAGCUUCAUAUAUUGCAUUAAGUAGAGCUCAAGAUUACAGACAUCAUUUUAUAGAUUUAAUAUUGGGUUCGAUAUUAGGUUGUACUAUUGCGUGGUUUGUUUACCAUCAUUAUUGGAAAGGAUUGAAGCUGAAGAAUUGUGAAUUACCUAAACAAGCUGAAGAAAAUGAAGAUCCAAUAUUACCUCUUUAA